CCUGCAGGUUUAUCUUGUCUAUCUGCUGUUUGUUUGGCUACAACAGUUCAGUAAUAAUCCCGUUUCUGAUUAAAACUAGGACACGAGGCAGUAAAUAUGUAGGUUAGCUGAUGAAGCUGUAUCGGUAUUCAGUUUAUUAAGCACUGAAGGUCUGUAUUUAGAGCUGCUUUUCUGUGUUUACAGUAACUUAAGUUUUGGCAGCAGAUCGACACAGGACACUCCCAUACUGCCUAUAUCUGACUGUAGUUUCUGUAGCAUAUCAGUAGGUUACCUACCUGCGGACAUGUCCUGCACCAUGGAGAAGGUGCUGUCCGACGCUCGGACUCUGUUGGAGAGGCUGAAAGAGCACGACACGGCGGCGGAGAGUCUGAUCGAGCAAUCCAGCACCCUCAGCCAGAGGGUCCACAGCAUGAGGGAGGUGGGGAACGCUCUGCCGGAUAAGUACAUUGAGGAAAGUGCUGGAUACCAGGAGCUGUCCAAAUACAAACCCCACGUUCUUCUGACUCAAGAGAAUACUCAGAUUAAGGAACUUCAGCAGGAGAACAGAGAGCUUUGGCUUUCCUUAGAAGAGCACCAGUACGCACUGGAGUUGAUCAUGGGUCGAUACCGCAAGCAGAUGCUUCAGUUGAUGAUGGGCAAGAAGGAGCUGGACACUAAGCCUGUGCUCAGCCUUCAUGAGGACCAUGCUAAGGAGGUGCAGAGUCAGCUGGAGCGAAUAUGUGAGAUGGGUCAGGUGAUGCGUAGAGCGGUACAGGUGGAUGACCAGCACUACUGCUCUGUCAAGGAGAGACUGGCUCAGUUGGAGAUUGAAAACAAGGAGCUACGUGAUCUCCUGGCCAUCAGUAAGAAUACCCUGAAACCACACAGAGAAGAGACCAGCCAACCCAACGCAGAGCCAAGCCCCAGAGUUACUGACGCUGAAUGAGUGCACCCAAAUACAUGAAGAGCUGCUCUAUUUUGAAGCUACAGUUCAGUAGCUUCAACUUUUUCUGUUGUACCAUCUCAGGACACGUGUUGGCUCGUAUCUGUGUGGUAAUGUUUAUAGUGUUGACCCUCCUGCUGCCCACUGGCGCACAUUUCUACAAUGUAGUAACAGAGGUAGAUUUGUUUUCAGAUUUUUUCUCAGGAAAGAUGCACAGCAUCCUUUCAUUAGUUGACCGCCUGUCACAUGCAUGUCUCAUUUUUUGUAGUUUAUAAAAUUAGCAUUAUUUUUAAUUUUGCAGUGCCUUGUAAAAUAUUCAGCACUUUGGGAAAUCUUCAGACUUUGCUGUAUUGAUACAGAUUUACAUGGUAAAAUGAAAAGUACUGCUGAGCUUCUUAGUGUUAUAUUUGGACAUUUGUUUAAAUUAGGUUUUCAGUCUAAUUAAACUUUUUUUUUUAUUGGACCACAACCAGGCAUGAGAAAAUGCCAUAAUUGACUCUUUACUAACAUACUACUACAAUUGUUCAUUGGUUUCUUUUCUUACUCCCAGUACUGUGGUAUUAGUUUGGAUGGUAGUAAAUGAGCUGGCAUUUAAAUUCUGAUGUAAAAAGUUAGAAAAACAAGCUAAUCUUAUAGAUUAUGCAUGGCACACUCAGCCAGCCCAAAAAGUGUUUUUUCCCCCCGAUUUCUAAAAAUGACUAAGAACAGUAUCUGUGUAUUUUUUUGUAUCUGUGAUUUUUAAUAUGGCAGAUGUUCGAAGCAUUUCUGGAGGUGGGAAUACUUUUGCAAUGCAGAAUUCCCAUUUUUUGGUUAAUAUAAUAAAAAAAAUAUAUAUACAUAAACAAAUGUACAAAUGUAGCCUUGCCUUUGAGCGGCCUGUAGUAGCUUUUAAUGAAUUGCAUCAGUAUCUCCAGUGGUUACUGCAUAAAUUAUUGUGGCAUCGUGUCUGUGUUUUGUGCACGGUUCUGUUCUGAGGUUAAAACUGGUACAGUGGCUUGAACUGAGUUUCAGCAUGUAAAUAAAAAACAGAUAAACGAAACUUGAGCUAUAGGAAAGGCACAUAGUGCUGGUUCCCUAGACAUGGAUUGGGCGUAGGCCUAGCCAUUUUAAAUAAAGAGUCUCAACUGAUGUUGUAAUAUAGUCCUUAGCUAUGCUACUUCUAGUGUUAUGCAGGUGCUGUUACUAUUAGAUGGUUGCAUUACCACCUCAGGAAACUGUUUGUCACAGUUGUUAUUUUUCUAAUCAACUAAAUGUGUUGAAAUUAUGUAAAUGGUGUCUUAAUAAACGUUACAAUGACCA